AAGCCUGAAACGCUGCGUUUUGCACCUCUUGGUCCAUUGUCGGAUUUCUCAUUCCGUGUCGCAUGCCGCAGAUCUGACUCGUCUCUCAAACUUCAAUAGGGCUCCUAAAUCCGAUACAACUGCGAUUCCGCUCCAGAAACACCGUCACAACCUUCAUCAUCAGAAGAUCACAGCCGUAUAUUAGAGUGGACACCGAAGAUGUCGUUGGUGACAGCCGUUCGUGAUUACAUCAACCGGAUGUUGCAAGACAUCUCGGGCAUGAAGGUUCUCAUCCUUGAUUCUCACACGGUAAGUACAGUUAGUGUUGCGUAUUCACAGUCCGAGCUUCUUCAGAAAGAAGUCUUCUUGGUAGAGUUGGUAGAUUCCAUUUCCAAGUCAAAAGAAUCAAUGUCGCAUCUCAAGGCGGUUUUCUUCCUACGACCCACGUCAGAGAAUAUCCAACGUUUGCGGCGCCAGCUAGCUAGUCCUAGAUUUGGAGAGUACCACCUAUUUUUUUCCAACCUAUUGAAGGAUACACAGAUUCAUAAUUUAGCUGAUUCAGAUGAACAGGAAGUUGUCCAACAAGUUCAGGAAUUCUAUGCGGACUUUGUGGCAAUUGAUCCUUACCAUUUCACUUUGAAUGUGCCAUCAAAUCACCUUUAUAUUCUCCCAGCAGUUGUAGAUCCUCCGAGUUUGCAGAACUUCUGUGACCGAGUUGUUGAUGGUAUUGCAGCUGUUUUCUUAGCAUUCAAAAGACGACCUAUUAUUCGAUAUCAAAGGACCUCGGAUAUUGCAAAGAGGAUAGCACAGGAAACAGCAAAGCUGAUGUACCAGCAGGAAAGUGGACUUUUUGAUUUCAGGCGAACGGAAGUUUCUCCGUUGUUGUUGGUAAUUGAUAGGAGGGAUGAUCCUCUGACCCCAUUGCUGAAUCAAUGGACGUAUCAGGCAAUGGUUCAUGAGUUGAUAGGAAUUCAAGACAACAAGGUGGAUUUGAGAAGCACUGGCAAAUUUCCGACGGAUCAACAGGAGGUUGUGUUGUCAUCAGAACAAGAUUCCUUUUUCAAAGCUAACAUGUAUGAGAAUUUUGGAGAUAUUGGAAUGAAUAUCAAGCGAUUGGUGGAUGAAUUUCAGCAGAUUGCAAAAAGUAAUCAGAACAUCCAGACAAUAGAAGACAUGGCCAAAUUUGUUGACAAUUACCCUGAAUACAAAAAAAUGCAAGGAAAUGUUUCAAAGCACGUGACAUUGGUCACAGAAAUGAGCAAGAUAGUUGAAGAGCGGAAACUCAUGUUAGUUUCACAAACAGAACAGGAGCUGGCUUGCAAUGGUGGUCAAGUUGCUGCUUUUGAGGCAGUGACAAAUCUUUUAAACAAUGAAAGUAUAUCUGAUAUUGAUCGUUUACGCUUGGUGAUGCUUUAUGCUUUGCGCUACGAGAAGGAAAGCCCUGUUCAAUUGAUGCAGCUUUUUAAUAAACUGGCUUCUCGGUCUGCCAAGUACAAACCAGGGCUUGUCCAGUUCCUCUUGAAGCAAGCGGGUGUUGAUAAGCGAACUGGGGAUCUUUAUGGGAAUCGAGAUUUUCUGAAUAUUGCUCGUAACAUGGCUCGCGGACUGAAGGGCGUUGAGAAUGUGUACACUCAGCACCAACCACUGUUGUUCCAAACCAUGGAAAGCAUUAUCAAGGGACGGAUGAGAGAUGUAGACUACCCAUAUGUUGGCAAUCAUUUUCAGCAGGGCAGGCCCCAGGAAGUAGUCAUAUUCAUUGUUGGAGGGACAACAUAUGAAGAGUCACGUUCUGUUGCUCUACAAAAUGCCAGCAAUUCUGGAAUUCGUUUUGUACUUGGUGGUUCUGUGGUUCUGAAUUCUAAGAGAUUUCUGAAGGACUUGGAAGAAGCUCAGAGGAUAGCUCGUCCUAGCACUACUGUGCUUUGAAGCCUGCCAUGCGUCUUGAGAGUCAGUUGGGUAAUUAUUUGCGGCUUUAUACCGGGAUUUUGACUUAGUGACUGGCAGUGGUAAGAUUGUUUAUGAAUAUUGGAAAUAGGAGCUUGAUGAGGGCUCAUCGGAAUCAUACCACUUUUCCUGCACAAGACACAUUCAAUAUUAACCAAUUUGCAUAGGAAUGAUAGCUGAAUAGGUUUUAAGAAGACUAAAAUCGUUGACAAAAAUGGACCCCCCCUCCCCCCACAAAAAAAAAAAAAAAAAAGAAGAGAAAUUAGAGAGCAUAACAGGAAAGAAAGUGAUUCAUGGGAACCAAUUUUAAACUUUGGCAAAAAAAAAAAUUGUAAAAAUAAUAUACAAAAAGUUACUUUAAUUUUUGUGUACAUGCUUGUUGAUAUAUCCAUUUGUAGUUAUAUAUAUUGUGAAAAGUAACAAUUGAGGAUAUAGUUGAGCUGUGGAUUUUAUUUUUACUUUGGCAAUCAAUGAUCUGGUUACACGGGAAGUUUUUUUGAAUAUUGUGUGUAUAUAAACCAGGUACUGAAAUUCUUUGCCAUUUGGGAUGUUACAUACACUUUGAUCGGGAAAUCAUAUUUUAUUUUUGCU